AUGCCUGCUCCUCAUCCCCAGACCAUCCCUUCCACUCCCGUCCCCCUGAAGUAUGUCUAUUGUGACAGUCCCGCCACUUAUGCAUCAGCAGUAUGGGUGCUGCGUACUGCACCCUACCUGAUACUCGAUUGCGAAGGUUACAACCUCGGUAGAGCCGGUGGUUGCGUUACGCUCAUAUGUGUCGGCACACCGUUCGCAGAGCAUAUCUUUCUCUUCGACCUCCUCAGCCCCCUCAUUACUGGCAGAGACAUCUAUUAUCUGCUCCAUCUGUUAUGCGAUCCGACCCUGCUCAAGGUCGUUUGGGAUGGACGGAUGGACUUUCUCGAAAUUAUCACGAGUUUUGGUGUCGCACUGGAGGGAGUAUUGGAUCUUCAAGUAGCAGAAGUGGCGUCGAGGCAGAUCGUGCGAGGUGAAGGAGACAAAGAUCGACUAGAGCGGCUUGGACGUUCCUACAUCUCACAGCAGCUAGCCAAAAGGUCGGAGCAACUGCAAGAUUUGCACGCGGUUAUUGGGCUGCAGAGGUGUUGGGUUGACUGUGGCUACGCACGUGAGGUCGGCAAAGAUCGUGAGUCCGCACUUUCUAUGCUCUAUAUUCUGUCCAUUCAUAAGUAUCGCACAGCUCAAGUUAUAUCCAUGCACAAGAACCGGGGCUGCGAUAUGUGGCUUCGCCGCCCGCUCACUGAACAACUCCUACAGUACGCCGCGAAAGACAUUCUACUCAUCGGCGUCCUCUACCCCCAUUUCGACCGCAACGGAUGGAUCCCGAAGGACGAUGCUGGAUAUAACUGUCUCAUGCGACAAUGCCGACGAUAUAUUUCCGCCCAUCGUGAGCAAGGCAAGUCGUCUGAGACGGACGUCUUCGGCCCAUGUUCCAUCAUGCCGCUUGACACCGUGACGGAACCUUUCGGACCUCUGCACCGGUGCCACGCGUGUAACCGCUCACUCUCCGUGGCCGCCUUCUCGAAUUGCCCAGGCGUUGCCCCGUCUUCUCCUGGCUCUGGGUCUGCGCCGCGCUACGCCAUCCUGCGGCGUCCGCGUUGCCGGCUCUGCUCCAUCUUGGCGGCGAAGAAUAGCCUCAAGGUGGAUGAAAGGUGGCUCGUAACAUGA